CUGUUUCAAGUCGGACUCGCGCCGUACCUGGCGUACCUGUGGUUUCUGCGGGACGCGCGCGCGACGCCGCGAGCGUCAAACUUCGGCGCGCGAUUCUUGUUGUUGUUCGUCGCGGCGACGAUACCGGCGGGAAUCGUGGCCAAGAUGCGGUAUGGAGAUAUAUUAGCCAACGUAGACGCGCUGCACGGGAGCUCGGAAUCGCUGUUGACGGUGUCGAACGCGUUGUUCGCGUACGGGUUCGGCGCGGCG